AUGGAGCUCGACGUGCUGACAGCUUGGCACAGCGCUACAGAGCAGCUGACGGCGAAUGUCGGCCAGCUCGACCGCGUGGCAGAGGCUUGGAGGGUUGCGUGCGAUGAGCUGGAGCCUCGAAAACUGUGGAGCGCAGGCCACGGCGCGCGCUUUGAGCCGUCCAAACGUCUCAUGGAGGCGGCGCAGGUGUUGCACGAUGCUGGAUUGACGAGCGAGCUGCUCGACCACUACCUGGACGCGGUUCGGAGAUCCUUUGUUUCCGUGCGGGCAGAGGUUGACGAGUCGCUGGAUCGCUUUGAGGCAUCCCCGCCGGAAGACGGCUUCGACAUCCUGGCUGCCUUGCUUCACAGCAUCGGGUUGCGAAUCCUGCGCUGGCAGCAACCCGUUUCGGCUCUAUGGGCCGGAUCCUCGUCAAGCUUGUCAGCCUUCCGCAAGACCUUUCUCUCAUCCCUCUACUUCGUCCUCCCUCCUCGAUUCGCCCCCGCCCUCCAGUCCUUCCUUCGCACCCUCCUCACGUCCGAACACCCGACUCAAGCGACUUCCGACGUACACUCGCGCGCCCUGCCCACCCUGAUUACCCUCCUCGAUCGAUACGACCCUCUCCUGUUCGCGCUCAUCUACGAAGAGAUCGAGUCGAGGGUCCAACGCCAAUGCCGGGGCGUGUACAGCGAGAAAAAGCUUGAAGAACUGCUGCAGUGGUUGAACGGAGCGGGCAAGAAGGGCGAGGCGGGCGGCGUGAUGGGCUGGGUGAGCGGGAUCUACGAGAGUGCGGGCGAGGGCGGGAACGAGGAGGCGCGCAAGUUCCUCAAGCCCACCUUCAGUCGGUUCGAGUACCACAUUCACAAGAUGCUCUGCCAGCUGAGAACUUCCGAGCUGUUCGACAUUAUCCUCGCCUAUCCCGCUUCAAAACCAGCGCUGGAGGACCUGAAGACCUGCCUGUACAAAACGGACCAGCGCGGCCUGCUCGUCUCACGCCUCCGCGAACAGGUCGCGCAACGGCUCCUCCAGCCCGGCUCUGACACGAAGGAGAUCAUCACGACCUACAUUGCAGCCAUCCGAUGCCUGCGAAUUGUUGACCCGCCAGGCGUCUUGCUCAGUCGCGUCGCCGACCCGAUCCGCAAGUACUUGCGAGCGCGCUCGGACACGAUCCGCUGCAUCGUUUCGUCGCUCAUCGAGGAGGGCAACCCGCUUUUCGAGGAGCUUGUCAGCACCGACGCGAAGCUCGUCAGCGACUCGAGGGACGAGGCGGAGAGCUACAACGAUCCCAAGUGGACGCCUGAUCCCGUCGACGCGCCCGCGGACUUCCGCAAGUCGAAGGGCGCCGAUGUCAUCCAGCUUCUUGUCAGCAUCUACGACACAAAAGACGUCUUCGUCAAGGAGCUGCAGGUCCUGCUCGCCCAGCGGCUACUCGCCAUCCAGGAUUACGCUUUCGAGCGAGAGGUAAACAACAUCACCACUCUCAAAUCUCGAUUCGGCGAACAGGCGCUGCAAGGCUGCGAUGUCAUGCUGAAGGAUCUGCAGGACUCGCAGCGGGUUGACGAACGGGUGCACGAGCAGAUUCCGAGCGUUCCGCUCCAUGCGACGGUCGUCUCGCGCCUCUUCUGGCCAUCCUUCCAGCCCGCGCCGCUCAAGCUGCCCGCUUCGUACGACCGCUCCUUCGCCGCGCUCAAGGGCGACAAGAAGCUGCGAUGGCUUCCUCAGCUCGGCAGCGUCAACCUCACGGUCGAGUUGAAGGACCGUACGAUCACGGUCGAUGCCACGCCGCUCCAAGCGGCAGUACUGGAACUGUUCGACAAACAAGACACCUGGACUUCCGACGCGCUCCAGACGGAGCUUCGAGUGGCCGACCUCGGGACAGUUCGGAACGCUCUGUACUACUGGAACAACCUCGGCGUCGUGGCGAGCAUGCCGGACGACAUGUGGCGGCUUGUGGAGGAGCAAGGCGGCGAGGCGGAGACGACGGCAGCUCCCGUCGCUCACGUCGUCGAGGAGGAGAAAGCCGCCGUCCAGAGCGUCGAGUCUCAGCGUAUCGAGGAGAUGCGGGUCUUCUGGCAGUAUAUCCAAGGCAUGCUCACGAACCUCGGCGCGCUGCCGCUUUCGAGGAUCCACUCGACCCUCAACAUGCUCGCGCCGGGCUACAAGGGCAAGACGACGGACGAGUUGACGGCGCUGUUGAAGCAAGUCAUCGCGGAGGGUCUCGUGCAGAAGACGGCCAGCGGGUCGUGGAAAAUUGUCAAGUAG